UUGUAGAAACACUUCGCAGAUUCUCUAAAAUGGCUUCGGUGGCGAAUAAAGGAUCAUCUCUCGUGUCGGCCCUGCUCACCCAGGCGCGCCCGAAGCUGAAUGUGUUCAUGAAGUACGCCAAGGUUGAGCUGACUCCCCCCGGUCCCGGUGACAUCCCCGCCAUUCGCGACGGCAUCGCGCGCCUCGUCUCGGGUGCCCGCACCGGAGCCUGGAAGAAUCUGACUGUCCGUGAGGCAUGGCUCAACACCCUGAUCACGAUGGAAGUGUGCUUCUGGUUCUACGCCGGCGAGGUCAUCGGCAAGCGCCAUCUGGUUGGCUACUCGGUCUAAGCGAUCGACCGCUUAUUUUGUCGCGGACAGUUCUGUUUGUAACAAAAUAGUAGGAGGAUAUAACAUCGAUUCCUGAAUAAUGCAAAACAUUAC